AUGGCCGGCCUGUCAGAACCACCUGCCGUCUCCGUCAUAACCCUCGCCAUCACCGGUAUUGUUGUCGAUGUGUACGGCUUGGAGGAGGUUCCCUCGUCACUGACGCACGUCUCGGUGCUAUGGCUUCACAACCCUCGGCUGGGCGACAGAGGACGCAUGGCUCCCAUGGCCAAGCGCACUGUGGGCGAGUACAACAAGACCAGGCCUGCCGGGUCCACACGCGGCUUGCUAGCAGUUGCUUUUGACCAGCGCAACCACGGCUCCCGCGAGGUCCACCACCUCGCCAACCUGGCCUGGAGGGAAGGCAACACCCACCACGCCCAGGACAUGUUUGGCGUGGUCAACGGCACGGUCGUCGACACGCGGCUCCUCAUCGACGCCCUGCCCGGGUACCUCUUCCUCGAAGCCGCGCCGCGGCAGCCCGAGUUCGACCAGCACCUGUGCCUCGGCGUGUCGCUGGGCGGCCACUCCACCUGGCAGACCCUGUUCGCCGAGCCCAGGGUCACCGCGGGCGUGAGCAUCAUCGGCUGUCCCGACUACCAGCUCCUCAUGACCGACCGCGCGCGCCUGUCCAAGCUGUCGACGUACGACGCCGGCGGGUUCCUCGGCAGCAAGGACUUCCCGCCCGCCCUGGUGGCCCAGUGUGCGCAGUACGACCCCAAGGGGAUCGUGUUUGGCACCCAAGAUGUCGUCGUGGAGUCUCCGCUCCCGGAGGAGAAGCAGGCCCAGGUGCGGAGGGUGCUGGACAGGCAUGUGAAGGGCAAGAAGUUCCUGCUGUGCACCGGUGGGGAUGACAAGUUGGUCCCCUGGCGGUGCUCCGAGCCGUUUACCAACUUCUUUGUGAACGCGGCACAGACGUGGUACAGGGACUCUGGGCUGAGCGUGGACAAUCGUAUCUAUCCGGGACGAGGCCAUGAGUGUAGUGACGAGAUGGUCGUGGACGCGGUGAGGUUUGUGUGUGAGGUUGUGAACGGUGCUGAGACAGGGCCGGUGGGAUCUAGGAUUUGA